AUGGGCGAUCAGGCUGGUGCACCGCGCCGAGAUGAAACGUCCACCCUCGACGAUGUGAACAUCUCGCCACUCGUGCUCUCAUCUAGCGCCCUCCCCCCUCCCAUUCUCCCUCCCUUCCUUCCUCCUCGACGCUCAGUCGUCUCGCUCCAAGACGGCGCCCAUUUCAACCAGAAGCUAGCGGGGUUUCGAACGAACCCCAAGGCAACGGCCGCGGGCGCACAAUCUCCGUUCAUUUCUCGCCGCCUUCCGCUUGGAGUCCGCGGCCCACUCACCCCACCCGCCCCUCGAGAAAUCUUCACGAAGCGCGGGCGUGGCAUUAUUGGCGCGUCGCAUGUGCGCUCGCUUUCGCUUUGGGCGUCGAAGAGCUUUUUUUCCAACCUAGCUCGUUCUCGAGUCAUAGGGAUGCAGUGGCCCCCAGACACCAAGUAG